AUGUCGUUACAAGCCAAGUUAGUUCUCGGCGGUGCGUGCGUUUUUUCACUGGGAAUUAUAGGAUAUGUCCACUUUAAACAAUAUCUUGACAGGCAGCAGUUACACCAAGGAGUGCUGACAGACAUGGAGAGGCGGCAAAGGCGCAAACAGGAGAACCUCUACGUCCUCCAGAAACAAAUCGACUUGGCCAAAGAGAUAAGGAAGAGUGAAAACACGUCCGAUAUCACUUAA